ACAACGGCCUACUCAAAGCCAUCUUCUCCUUUGGAUAGUCUUCACUCACCUCUUGCUUAGACCGUAACACGAAUCCCCACUGGAACACCAACUUGAGCGCAAGUAUGGCAUUUCCUAAGACAGUCUCCCUAUUCCUCGCGCUCAUGAGCCUACUUCACGCUGCGCACGCAGCAAAUAUGCCCGCGGGCGGAUGCCACACCCGCUACGUCUGCCCCUACAUAGACAACCUCGCUACCGCUACAAUCUCGCAGUCCACGUACACCGGCUACAAAUACAUCGGCGAAUACCAGGGGCUGUUCAACGACCAGGGUGGGCAGUUCACACCGCACCAGCGCGGCUCGGGCCCCGUGAACUUCGAGCGGUACACGGAGGUUGGGACCAUAUUCGACGUGGUGAAGGGCGUGUAUGGCGAUACGCUGCAGGAGUGCUGCCGCGCCUGCGCCCGCUCCACCUACUGCUACCAGUGGCAUUGGUUCAAGAACGCGCGUCUCGCCGGCGAAAACGCCAGAGUAACGGGCUUCAUCGACCGAAUCCAGUGCUACCUUCUCGAGAAGAACGGCGGGUCGGGCACGUCGGGGCCCUUUAAAACCCCCAACGCGGGCGAUGCGGCCACGCAGGCGGCGAAUGCGGCAUUGUACCCGCUCAGCUUCGUCGGCGGGCUCUGCAACGGUACCGCGCUCGUCGAAAACGACCCUCAUCUGACCGGCGCGCACGGCACGCACUACGAUUUCACGGGCCGUCUGGACCGGUCUUUCUGCCUCUUCUCCGACCGUCGAUUCCACGUGAAUAUGCAUCUGAGCGGCUACCAGGGCGCGCCGCCCGCUCUUCCCGCGUCGGCGUCGUCGAAUGAUAAGGAGUCGAGCACCGAGCUGCACACGUGGAUUAAGGAGGUCGGCGUGGUGUGGAUGACGCCCGACGGCGCGAACCACACUUUGCGCAUGGUUGCGCGCAAGGGGAAGCAGCAGGAGCGCGGGGACAACGGCUUUCUCUCGCUCCUCGAGAUCGACGGCGAGACGACGAGCCCGCCGAGCGUUGGAGAAUCAAUCGCGACGAAAGGCGGCCUGGUGGUUACCAAAGUCGCGGAGGAGAAAGAGGGGCCGUUCGACGUGGAUCAGUUUCAAGUGCGCGUGGCGGGUCUGGGGGAACUCGACGUGCGCGCGCGCGUGGCGCACCCGCUACUGCAGACUCCGACCGAGGCGGAAGCUCACUUCAACGUGGAGCUUUCUGACGUCAAGAUGACGUCGGCCGUGCACGGAGUGCUGGGGCAGACUUUUAGAAACACGCUGGAGCAGCUGCAGCGCGCGGUUAAGUACUCGCACCUAGCGGCGCUGCUGCGCCACCCCGUCGACGUGGAUAAGGCGGAAGGGAGGGGGUUUCUGGACGGGGAAGUGGAGGAUUAUAUCUCAUCCUCUAUCGUCGCGCCGGACUGCAAAUACGCAAGCUACGGCACCGCCUAAGCGGGGAGGGGACCCUAUUCGACCCGAAAUCCGAACUACCAGGUCCGACCAAAUGAUUCUCGUCAGGGUUUGACGAGGGUACUGGAGGGAGCAGGAAUCUGCGCUCCAUUUUAGUCUGUCCGCGCACCCAACUGAAAGGCCGCUUUCAUGGCAAAUAAGAGGCUCGGGGCUAUCGUAUCUAUUGAGGGUACAAGGGGAACUUUUAAAGGGUUUGCUUGUAAAGUAAACAAGGAGUUUAAGUUUGACACUGCCUUUUAUCCCUCUCUAGAAAGUGAUGUCAAACAUGUUUAGUUA